CUCGGCCGCUAAGAUGAAAUUGCUUAGCCGCUAAGAAUUGCGAUUUCAGUUCCAUCCACGGAGGAGGACAGUCGUCUUUACUUAGCUUUUUAGCAGCAUCCAAGCUAUCACUAUAGCUGGCAGCUGCAGCUCCUCCGGCAACCGGCAUGGCCUGCCCAUCUCUUGUCUUGGUAGCCCUCCUCGUCGUCUCCGCCGCCGCCGCCGCCGCUGCGCAGAUGCCAGGUUUCGUCAGCAUCGACUGCGGCGGCUCCGCAAACUACACGGACGAGCUGGGCCUGCUGUGGACGGGCGACGCCGGAUGGUUCCCCUUCGGCGAGACGGCCACCAUCGCCGUGGCGUCGGAGAAGCGCACGCAGUACUCGACGGUGCGCUACUUCCCCGCCGUGUCCCCCUCGUCGCCGGCGAGCAGCAGCAGCAGCACCAAGCACUGCUACACGCUCCCCGUCCGCACCCGCACCCGCUACCUCGUCCGCGCCACCUUCCUGUACGGCAACUUCGACAGCAGCAACGUCUUCCCGGAGUUCGACCUCUACCUGGGGGCCUCCCGCUGGUCCACCAUCGUCAUCUACGACGACGCCAAGGUGGUCACCCGCGAGGCCGUCGUGCUCGCCGCCGCGCCCGCCCUCAGCGUUUGCCUCUCCAACGCCACCACGGGCCAGCCCUUCAUCUCCACGCUCGAGCUCCGCCAGCUCAACGGCUCCCUCUACUACACGGACGACGAGGCCGACGCCUUCCUCGGCCUCUCCGCCAGGAUCAACUUCGGGGCGCCCACCGCCGAGGCGGUCAGGUACCCCGACGACCCCUACGACCGGAUCUGGGAGUCGGACAUGGUCAGGAGGGCCAACUACCUGGUGGACGUCGCCCCCGGCACCGUGAGCGUCUCCACCGACAGGCCCGUCUUCGUGGCCUCCGGCGAGAGGCCGCCGCAGAAGGUGAUGCAGACGGCGGUGGUGGGCUCGCUCGGGGAGCUCACCUACCGCCUCAACCUCAACGGCUUCCCGGGCAACGGCUGGGCCUUCUCCUACAUGGCGGAGAUCGAGGAGUUCGUGGCCCCCGAGACGCGCAAGUUCAAGCUCUUCAUCCCCGGCCUGCCGGAGGUGAGCAAGCCCACGGUGGACGUCGGCGAGAACGCGCCGGGCAAGUACCGGCUCUACGAGCCGGGCUUCCUCAACAUCACGCUGCCGUUCGUGCUCUCGUUCGCGUUCCGCAAGACCAACGACUCGUCCAAGGGGCCCAUCCUGAAUGCCUUUGAGAUAUACAAGUACAUCCACAUCCAGCUGGGCUCCCCGGAUGCGCCGGUGAUGGCAGGCCUGGCGUCGCGUUACGCCUCGGCCGAGUGGGCAAUGGAAGGCGGCGAUCCGUGUCUCCCUUGGCCGUGGUCUUGGGUGAAAUGCACAUCAGAUUCAGAAGCGCAACCAAGAGUCAUUGCCAUAAAUCUUUCAGGAAAGAACUUGACGGGCAACGUGCCGCCGGAACUAGGGGCCUUGCCAUGCUUAGCAGAGAUCGGACUUGCUAAUAACAUGCUGACGGGCCCAAUCCCUGACCUCAGUGGCUCGUCCAACCUAUCCAUCAUUCACCUCGAGAACAAUCAACUGACAGGAAAUGUUCCGUCAUACUUUGGCAGCUUGCCAAAACUGAGCGAGCUGUACCUUCAAAACAACAAGCUGUCUGGAUCCGUACCCAGGGCUCUGCUAAGUCGAAGCAUUAUUUUCAACUACUCCGGGAACAUGUAUCUUGGAACAGGGACCCAAAAGAAGAAACAUGUAAUCAUCAUCAUAUCUGCUCUGCUUGGAGCAUCCUUGUUGCUUGCAGCCGGCCUAUGUUGCUACAUGCUGACACGCAGGAGCACUAAGAAACAGCACUCCUCACCGCAAGCAGGAGCAGAUGAUGGCGAUGACUUUACAAACAAGAACAAGUUGCAGAACCACCCAAUAAUAAGCUCGCAGCCGCAGACCCGUGAAAUCGCCACCGAGACUGCUCAUCCGUACAGUUUAUCUGAGCUCCAAGUGGCGACCAGCAACUUCGCCAGCAGGAUCGGCUCGGGGGGGUUCGGGAUCGUCUACUACGGGAAGCUGAGCGAUGGAAAGGAGAUUGCAGUGAAGGUGCCUACCAACGACUCGUACCAGGGGAAGAAGCAAUUCAGAAACGAGGUGUCUUUGCUCUCAAGGAUACACCACAGGAACCUCGUGGCGUUUCUGGGCUACUGCCAUGAGGAUGGGAGAAACAUUCUGGUCUACGAGUUCAUGCACAACGGAACCCUCAAGGAGCACCUGCAUGGGCGCGACAAGCACAUCAGCUGGAUCAAGAGGCUUGAGAUUGCAGAGGAUGCGGCGAAAGGGAUCGAGUACCUCCACACUGGAUGCACGCCAUCCAUCAUCCACAGAGACAUCAAGACGAGCAACAUCCUUCUUGACAAGCAGAUGCGAGCCAAGGUGUCCGACUUCGGGCUCUCCAAGUUGGCCGCCGAGGAGUCUCACGCGUCCACCAACGUGAGAGGGACACUAGGCUACCUGGACCCGCAGUACUACACCUCCCAGCAGCUGACCGAGAAGAGCGACAUGUACAGCUUCGGCAUCAUCCUUCUGGAGCUCAUCUCCGGGCGGCCUCCCAUCUCCACCAUCUCCUUCGGGGAGCACUUGCGCAGCAUCGGGCCAUGGGCCAAGUGGUACUACGAAAGCGGCGACAUCGAGGCCAUCAUCGACCCCUCCAUCUCCGGCUCCGGCGGGUACCAGGACGUGCAGUCCAUCUGGAAGAUCGCCGAGGCCGCGGUGCGGUGCAUCGACGCGGAGCCCCGGAAGCGGCCGUGCAUGCCGGAGGUGGUGAAGGAGAUCCAGGACGCCAUGGCGCUCGAGCGGUCGUCGGCGUCGGAGACCAUCAUGACCAUGAGGGGAGGCGCCGGCGGCGGGUGCCCCUUCUCCCCUGCGGCGGCGAGCGUCAGGUCCGGCGGGACCAUGAGGUCGCACGACAUGGUCAUGGACAACCUGCUGCUCAUGGACGACGACGACGACGACUCGGCGGCCACCUCCUUCUCCGGCUCCGUCGGCAAGCUCAAAUACCCGGAGCUGCGCUAAGAUUGUUGUUUGUUUGUUUUGUUUUGAGCUGCAAUUUUAUUUAGUGCUGUACUGCACUAGAUAGUAUUUUUCAUCCAACAAACGUGGGAUCAACUCGAUCGCGAUCCAACAGAGUGCUUACAAA